UGUAGGCAGGGCGCCCUGCCGUAGGGAAUGGCCCUAGGACCCUGCAGUGGGGCCAGAGCGGUCCUGGCGGAGCCCGAGCAGAUUUCUGGCUCCCAAGAUAGGAUCUUGGAAGGUGGCGGCGCUCAGGGUGCAGCCAACAUGGGUGAGCCCCAGGGGUCCAUGCGGAUCCUAGUGACAGGGGGCUCUGGGCUGGUGGGCAGAGCCAUCCAGAAGGUGGUAGCAGAUGGGGCCGGCCUGCCUGGAGAAGACUGGGUGUUUGUCUCCUCCAAGGACGCCGAUCUCACGGAUGCGGCACAGACCCAAGCCCUGUUUCAGAAGGUCCGACCCACGCAUGUCAUCCAUCUUGCUGCAAUGGUAGGGGGCCUUUUCCGGAAUAUCAAAUACAAUCUGGACUUCUGGAGAAAGAACAUGCACAUCAAUGACAACGUCCUGCACUCGGCCUUCGAGGUGGGCGCCCGCAAGGUGGUGUCCUGCCUGUCUACCUGCAUCUUCCCUGACAAGACCACCUACCCUAUUGAUGAGACUAUGAUCCACAACGGGCCGCCCCACAACAGCAAUUUUGGGUACUCCUAUGCCAAGAGGAUGAUCGACGUGCAGAACAGGGCCUACUUCCAGCAGCAUGGCUGCACCUUCACUGCCGUCAUCCCCACCAAUGUCUUCGGGCCUCAUGAUAACUUCAACAUCGAGGACGGCCACGUGCUUCCCGGCCUCAUCCACAAGGUGCACCUGGCCAAGAGCAGUGGCUCAGCCCUGACAGUGUGGGGCACAGGCAAGCCGAGGAGGCAGUUCAUAUACUCGCUGGACCUGGCCCAGCUCUUUAUCUGGGUCCUGCGGGAAUACAGUGAGGUGGACCCCAUCAUCCUAUCAGUGGGUGAGGAGGACGAGGUCUCCAUCCAGGAGGCGGCUGAGGCUGUGGUGGAGGCCAUGGACUUCCACGGGGAAGUCACCUUUGAUACAACUAAGUCGGACGGGCAGUUUAAGAAGACAGCCAGUAACAGAAAGCUGCGAGACUACCUGCCUGACUUCCGGUUCACGCCCUUCAAACAAGCUGUGAAGGAGACCUGUGUUUGGUUCACUGACAACUACGAGCAGGCCCGGAAGUGAAGCCAGGUGGUGGGAGCAGGUGCCUGUGGCCGCCACCCCCAGACCCCCACCAGGAGCUGAGGGCACUGCCUGGCAACCUGGGCCCAUGUUCCACCUUGCCCUGUGGCUCUAGGCAGCUGUCCAGCAGGGCUCAUUCCUGUCCGUCUCAGGGAAACCAAGGCCAGGCCAGGCCCGGUACUUUGCUCCCCACAUUGGUUCCUGGUCCUGAGUGUGUCCACUCUGAUCCUGCUCUCCCACUCCUGUUGAGCUAAUAAAGUACAU